AUUAAUUUUUUUUUCUUUUAUUUUUAAAUUUUCUUUUGCAAAACUCCCCAAAGGAAGAAAUUUAUUGAGAAGAAAAAGAAAAUGAAAAUGAAAACCAUCAAAUGGAGGGGGACAUUACUCCAGAAAACAUUUCAAAAUUCAAAACGAUGAUAAGGCAAACCUAAGCGAUCUGACCCUAUACUACUGGCCAAGAAAACUGGAUGGGAAGGACCACCAAACAGUUUCAUUCGAAGUAGCUCCAUAGUUAGCAAAGGUCUGCACAACCGUUGCCUUCUCUGUAAUUAUGGGUGCAAACAAAUUGAAUACUCUUCAAAAAAAAUGCAUGCAAUUGUUCCAUCGAACUCGAAGGUGCCAAGGGGCAGUUCCUUCACCCUUGAUCGCGUCCACAAUCAACGUUGAAUCACAUUCUAACCAUGCUCUUCUGUAUAGUCUCUAUUGCUGGAAUAGCAGCCAUAUAUUCAGCUACGACAUCCCUAAGGGAACAGAUAUCGCACCAACCACGAAACCAGUAUAGUCACGAACUAUUAGACCACAUCUCGACAAACCUGGAUUACCUAAAUUGAAAAUUGAAUUUGAAUUGGUAGAUGGUCUGGUGAGGUUACAAUGAGAAAGAAUAUUUUGAAACUUGUAGUAAGUUUUCAUCUAGGCAACUUGGUAACAUGAGCACAUUCCCAAGAAAAAAAAUAAGGAUUUUUAUUGCAGCAUUGUUGGUAAUUUAAUGCCUUAAAAGGAAAUACUUGGGAGCAGUAACAUGAGCACAUUCCCAAGAAAAAUAGAUAAGGAUUUUUAUUGCAGCAUUGUCGGUAAAUUUAUGCCUUAGAAUAGAGACAUCAUAUUCAGAACAAUUUCCAAUACUUCAGUGUAGUAGGUACUAUAUGUUUCUGUAAGUUCAUCAUAUGUUGCAGUACCAUGCAUCCAAUACUGGGGGUUUUGAGUACCUUGCUCGCGUUAUUGUUAUCCUCAAGGGAAGUAACUGCAACAGAAUCUUCAUUCACUUCAGUUGGUGAAGAUUUUCUUCAAUGUCUAAAUGUUAAUCAUGUCCCCAACACCCCAACAAUUCCAAUCUACACCCAAAACAAUGCAUCGUACAGAAUCAUCCUUCGAUUCUCCAAUAGAAACUUCAGAUUCUUAUCUACCACAAAACCAAAAUUUAUAGUCACACCAACCCAUGAAUCCCAUGUUCAAGCAUCUGUUGUUUGGUGCAAGAAACAUGGUUUAGACCUCAAAAUCCGAAGUGGUGGUCAUGAUGCGGAAGGGCUGUCUUACGUAUCCGAUGCUCAAUCGUUCGUCAUCGUUGACUUGAUUUAUUUUCGAAAUGUCACUGUCGAUGUUAAUGGUAGUACUGCAUGGAUUCAAGCUGGAGCUACCCUUGGUGAAGUUUAUUAUAAUAUCGCCAAGAAAAGUAAGACCCAUGGAUUUCCAGCUGGGUUUGCUCCCACAGUAGGCGUUGGUGGGCAUAUUGGUGGAGGGGGAUUAGGUGCAUUGGUGCGGAAAUAUGGCCUUGCAGCUGAUCGAGUCAUUGAUGCCUACAUCGUGAAUGCUGACGGGAAAAUUCUUAACAAGAAAAGUAUGACUGAAGGUUUAUUUUGGGCGAUUAGAGGAGGUGGAGCAGCGAGUUUUGGGGUCGUUCUGUCAUGGAAAGUUAAGUUGGUUCGCAUACCAGCUACUGUAACUGUUGCCAUGGUCCAGAAAACACUAGGACAAGGUGCAACAGACACUGUUCAUAAAUGGCAAUUCAUUGCUGAUAGGCUCAAUAAGGAUGUCUUUAUUGGAGUGAAGAUAUCUUUGGUCGGUAACAAUAAGACCAACCUCGGGGACGAAAGAAUAGUGCAAGCUGAAUUCUCAAUCUUGUUUCUCGGCAAGGGAGGUAUCCCAAAACUUCUCCAACUAUCUCAAGAGAACUUCCCUGAGUUGGGUUUAAAGAAUAAAGAUUGCUCUGAAAUGACUUGGGCUGAAUCUCAUCUAUACUUCUCUCAUGAACAUGGAAAACCGUUAGAAUUCUUACUAGCCAGGGAUGAUCCGUCAACAGAGAACUUCUCCAAGUCAAAAUCUGACCAUGUCAAAGUCCCAAUAACAAAAAAUGGAUUGUUAGAGCUGUGGAGAAGGUUGCUAGAACACGAUGAUAUUACACCAACAUUGAUAUGGACACCUUAUGGCGGAAAAAUGAAUGAAAUCUCAGUAUCUGAAAUUCCAUUCCCACAUAGACAGGGUAAUAUUUACAAUAUUCUUUACGUCGUAAGCUGGUUUGAAGACGGUGAAUCAGAAAAGAAUUUAGAUUGGAUGAGAAAUUUAUAUGAAUAUAUGACUCCAUAUGUUUCUAAGUCUCCAAGGACUGCAUAUCUUAACACUAGAGAUCUUGACUUGGGGGAGUAUGAUAAUGGUCAGUCUAUUAGUUACUUGAAAGCUAGAGAAUGGGGUAGAAAAUACUUCAAGGACAACUUUGAAAGAUUAGUACAAGUGAAGAGUGAAGUUGAUCCUGGAAAUUUCUUCAACAACAAACAAAGCAUUCCUCCGAUUAGAGUUAUUGAUUUAGGGGUUAAAAAUUAUUGUUCGAUUUAAAUAUUUGCAUUCUAGUUAUUGUUUAAUUUUUGGUGUGUGUUUGUGUGAUUUUGAAACAGUUUGUUCAUGGGGCAUUUUGUCUUUCCAUUUUAUGAUCAUUGCUGGAUUAAUUAACAAAGUCAGUUAAGGGUGA